GUAAAUUUAUUUGAGGAAAAUUAAUUCUGAGAGACAUCGGAUCUAAAAUUGGCACGUUACAUUUUUUCACAAUUUUAUUUUAGAUACAUGGGAAGAAAAAAAUUGGUGAAGUCAGAGAAUCUAGUGGAAGGAUCUAAAUUUUUGGUACGAGCAGGAUAUAGUUACUGGACUCUUGGUUACAUCUUGUCGGAAAGCGGAGCGAAAAAAUUGAUCGAUGCUAUGCCUCUCGAGAAAUUAAUUCCCGUUGAUGAAUUCCUUCCGAUUCUCUCGGAUACGCAUCCUGAGAAACAGUGGGCGGCUCAAUUUCCCACUCGGGAUUUGAUUAUCUUAUCUACAAAUCCACUUUUAAUUUAUCCGUCACAUUAUACCGGCGAGGAUGGACACAUUAGCGACACGGAAGACUCCAAACUCGUUCAUGAUACUUUUAUUGAUAACUUGGAAAAAAAAGAAGAACUAUAAUCAAAAGGAAAUUAUAAGAUAAAAAAAAUAGCAAUUUAUCUAGUCGAUGAAAUCUGCCAAUAAUCUAUUUUAUAUAACAAAUUGAAACAUUUUUUAACGUAAAAUACCUAUACUGCCGUUAUAUUGCCAUGUACUAUUAAUUUGUAGUUUAUAAUCGAUUAGCAUAUAAGAUACGGCCAUUUAAAUGUCGCCAGUUUUUUAUGAUUAUACAAACAGCAACGAUAAUGCACCAGUGGCGAAAUAAAACACCUGCAUUGAUUUAUAUUUAGCACGAAUGAUGUUUAAGAAUUAAUUUCUCAUUAAUUAUUGCGAAAAUUGUAAAUUGACUUUUCGAUUCACACAGUUCAGUUUGCUUUAUGUGUCCAUGAGAGAUGAUGCAGUCAUUAUUUGGGCACAGUGUACAGGAAUACCUUAUAUAUCUUAUAUCUUUUCGCAGAAAAAGAAGAUGCCAUAGUUUUAUAGAUUCCUUUGAAGACAUAUUUGUUUAAGUAUAGAUAUUAUGCGAAUAAACAUAUAAAUAUACUCUUUUAUCUAAUAUCGAUUUUUAUAGUAAGAAUAACAUAAAUCAUUGCUCGCAAAACAUUGCAUAAAAUUCGAAAAAG